UCAACCUACUUUGUGUAGAACCUUCGACAUCGACAGUGUUUUGUAAUGUGGUGGUGCAGAACGCGGACGAAAAAGUGGAUUUCGCUUUCUGUUGCAUUUUUGUGAUUAUAAGUAAAACCACUUUAUUUGAUAAGUUUAUCGUGGAAUAUGAGCAUAAUUGUUGAUAAUUGGUUAGAUUCAAACGUUUAACGGUUUCGUUUUUAUUGAAAUAUGUCACCAGAACGUUCUUCGUCGCCAGAAGAAGAACAAAUUGUAACACCAAAAAUGUCAGUGCCAGCAAGCCCUGUAGCAGGUACUCCGGCAAGAGAAGCAGAAUCACCCAUAGCUUUGUUGCUAGCGGUGGCUCAAGGUCAAUGUAAUCGACCGACGGACGAUGACCUGACAAGCCUUUCAUGGUUGCACGAAAGAGAUGUACUUAAAGGAAUAAAUCUUGUUAAUCCAUCACCAUCAAACAGUGUUCACACGACACCAGUCAAACCAUACAAUUUUAAUAAUAACCAUCUAUUCUCUGGUCAAUCACCCACAAGCGAUUUCGUCGACGACUCCUCCAUAUCAACCAUCGAAUCCACUAGUAGCUCGUUGAAUAGCCCGACGUCAAAUCAAAAUUGUCAACAGCAAACUGUUUUACAGAGAAAUAAACAUCCACAUAACGUUCCAUAUAAUCCUUUGGUACAUUUAACGAGUAAGCCUCCUUAUUCCUUUUCUUGUCUCAUAUUUAUGGCAAUAGAAGAUUCGGAACAAAAAGCUCUACCAGUGAAAGAAAUUUAUGCUUGGAUAUUAGAUCAUUUUCCGUAUUUCAGGAAUGCUCCCACCGGAUGGAAAAAUAGCGUGCGGCAUAAUUUAUCAUUAAAUAAAUGCUUCCAAAAAGUCGAAAAGGCACCUAACUUAGCGAAAGGAUCCCUAUGGACCGUGGAUCCUCAGUUUCGACCAAAUCUCCUACAGACCCUAACAAGGUCGCCAUUUCAUCCUUGCUCAACGCUGGAUCCUACUCAGUACUUUAGUAGUAAAACGACUGAUAAGAAUAGCUCGCCACAUUUAGCAAAUCCUGAAGUAUUUCCAUUUUUAUCUCGAACAUUAGCCUCUAACGAAAUUAAGCAAGAAUUAUCUGAUGACUCACUGGAUGCAGUCGAUGCGGCGGCGGUCAUGCUGAGUUUAAAAAAUGGACCAAGAUAUCGACAUCGAAAGGACAAGACGGCGUUCCAGGUGUUUACGAAUUCGCCUAGCGAAGAUCAUACGUAUAGUGCUUCUGAAAAUUUGAACACUUCCAACGAUGAGGCAUUCGAGAGUGAUGACGAAAAGUGUUAUAAGAGCCCCGCCUGUAGAAAAAUUGACUUCGAAGACGAAGAGCAGAGAAAGAUUCAAGAGGGUGCGGAGACGCUACUCAAUCUUGCCGGUAUAUCUACAAGAAAGCGUUACAAUUCGCAAACACUAGAUUAUAUAAAUAAGCGUAGGCGAGCUAACCAAUUUAUCGUGCCAACCGCCUCGUACGAGAAGCCGAACCAUUUUAGGCCGCGCCUUUUAAGGACUAAAAAAAAAGAGAAGACCUCGGUUAACAAUAACCAUAUUCAUAAAGCUUCGAUACAGGUAGAAGACGAAUGGGUGAAACAUAGGAGAGAAUUAGAGGAUGGGCCAAAAAGGUAAUCGUACGUGCGGUACCUUUAUUAUUAGGAAAAUUUAAUUGACAAUUCAUGUUGUUAAAUAUUAUAUAUUUUAUGUUCAUAUUUAUAUAUCGUGUUAUUAUGUAAAGGAUUGUUUAGUAAGUUACAAAUAUUUGAUAAUAUUAAAUCGCUUCAUGUGUCAUGUGGACACAAAUAUGGGAAAACAGAUAUUGCAACAAAAUUAAUUAAUUGUAGUCGUAUUUGUAAAAUACAUUUUUAAUUCUUUUUAGACAGUGCAUGCGUUUUUGAUAUUCUAUUGUUAUUUAUUUUUUAGUGAGUUUACCAUCUUCCUUUGUAAUUUUACCAAAACUAUGUUACUUUUUAUGAUUGUACCUUAGGUAGUAAUCACAAUGUAUAGUUUUUUAUUGUGUAUGAUGUAUAUUUAUAUUAUAUUAUAAUUGAGAUAUCACUACUGUCUGUGGUAUAGGUAGUCAUUGUCGACAAAUUGUGUUGAAUAUUAAUUAUUUCUAUUUCAAUGUUAAUUAAUUAUCGGAUAAAUUGGAAAUUGCCUCGGAAGGAACUAUACUGUUUUGUUUGAAAUUAUCUUGCCUCAAACAAAUUAAACUGAAACAAAAAAUUGCAGUGGCAACAAAUUGUACCUUUACACUAAUGAAUGUUUCACUUGAAUUUUUCACUCAUUUACAUUAAUUCAACGCAGAAAUGGAUUUAGUGUGUAAUACACUAAAUUGAUAAGUACAUACAGUGUUUGAGUGCAGUCCACAUAUUUUCCAGAUCAAACAAGUGCUCAAAUGACUGUGCACUGAAUGAGUUAGCAUCAAUUUCGAGUGACACUGCGA